UCAUCAUCCAUCGACUUAUUCAAAAAAUGCUAGCUUCAACUGUAUGCGCCCGGAUAUAUAUAACAGUUUAGCUGAUUAUUCUGUUAUAUUUUCAUGUUACAUGUGUCAAUAAUGUUAUUUUAAUUUGCAUUCCAUUUCUUACCUGACCCGGAUUCUCUGUAAAAUAUGUAUACGGGUUGAGAUAUACGAUUAUUCAUUUAGCUCAUCCACGAAAUUGACAAGCCGGCUAACAAGCUUUAGCUAUCAUUUCUAUUCCAGGACAUACUGCAGCACGCUAGUCUUCGUUCUUCGGCAUUGUGUCGUGCUUGUCAUAACUGUAAGCGGUAUGAGUUUUGAAGGCUAUGAUGGCAGAAGAGGAGGCCGAAGAGGAGGUCGAGGAUUUGGAAGAGAUGGAAGCCGUGAGAGGUGGGACCGUGGAGCUGGGUCAAGUGGCAGUAGACCCCCGCGGAACUCCGAAUGGGAGUCGCGGGAAGAACGGGGAGGGCGAGGUGGAGGUCCAAACCGUCCACCUUCGCAUCUGAAGGGCCGUGAGAUCGGACUGUGGUAUGCAAAAUGGGGAGGCCUGAAGAGGAAAGAAAAUGAAAGAAAAUCGCGUGCAGUUGUUCAGAUGGAUGAGUCCAGGGAGCAGCACAUCACUAAUCUGUUGAACACAGUCCAGAGAGGCCCGUCAAGGGAAGCCCGUCCCUCCACAUCAGACAACUGGCGUUCAGCGUCGUCAGUGCCAGACAGAGGUGGCCACUGUUACUUUGAUGGAGAUGAGCCCUCUCCGGAUGUCCUGAAGACUGAAACCAAACAAGAGGAGGUGGAGACGCCGGUACAGAACUCUCUGCUCACCUCCCAACGUUACUUUCCCAAGGAGGCCCCUAAAGUUGAGCCCCAGGAAGAAAGGACAGAAACGGAGCAAAUAGGGAAGGAUAAAGAUCUGGAGUACUUAUUUCAGGAGGUGGUCAGGGAGAAUGCACUGGACCAACAGUUAAAGAGGGACCUGGAGAGGAAGAGGGCAGACUCCAAAUACCUGGAAAUGCUGAAAUUCAGAGAAAAACUUCCCUCCUUUGGCAAGAAAGAGGAGCUGGUGGAGGUGAUCCGGUCCAACCAGGUGCUUGUGGUCAGUGGAGAGACGGGCUGUGGUAAAACCACCCAGGUGACCCAGUUUAUCUUGGACGACUACAUUGACAGGGGCAUGGGCUCACUCUGCAGGGUGGUGUGCACUCAGCCACGACGCAUCAGUGCCAUAUCUGUAGCAGAGAGGGUGGCUGCGGAAAGGGCAGAAAGAGUGGGGGAUGGAAACUCUUGCGGCUACCAGAUCCGCCUGCAGAGUCGGUUACCACGGAAACAGGGAUCGGUGCUGUAUUGUACAACGGGCAUUAUACUACAGUGGCUUCGUUCCUCCCCUCUGCUGUCAACCAUCAGCCACUUGGUUUUAGAUGAGAUCCAUGAGAGGAACUUGCACUCUGACGUCCUGCUCAUCAUUGUCAAGGACCUGCUCCGAGUCCGACACGACCUCAAGGUCAUCCUCAUGAGUGCCACUCUAAAUGCUGAGAAGUUCUCCAGAUACUUUGAUAACUGUCCUAUGAUCCACAUCCCGGGGAUGACCUUCCCUGUGCAGGAGUUUCUAUUGGAGGAUGUGGUGGAGAUGCUCAGGUACCGUCCCCAGAAGCAAGAACGGAGACCCAGGUGGAAGAGGGGUUUCAUGCAGGCUCAAAAUUCCCGACCAGAGAAAGAGCAGAAAGAGGCAGAGUACAAAGAGAGCUGGCCCUGUUACGCCCGCACACUCCGAGAUAGGUACUCUGACAGCACCAUUGAAGUGUUGGAGAUGAUGGACGACGACGAUAAGAUUGACCUGGAACUCGUAGUCCAGCUCAUCAGGCACAUCGUACUCAGCGAGGAAGAAGGAGCAAUCCUGGUGUUUCUGCCAGGUUGGGACAACAUCAGCAGCCUCAACGACCUCCUCAUGACCCAACAGAUGUUUAAAUCCGAUAGGUUUGUGAUCAUUCCUCUACACUCCCUGAUGCCCACUGUCACCCAGACAUCGGUGUUUAAAAGGCCCCCUCCAGGAGUCCGGAAGAUUGUCAUUGCAACCAAUAUCGCUGAGACCAGUAUUACCAUCGAUGAUGUGGUUUUUGUCAUUGAUGGAGGAAAGAUUAAGGAGACUCACUUUGACACUCAAAACAACAUCAGCACCAUGGCCGCAGAGUGGGUCAGCCUGGCCAAUGCCAAGCAAAGGAGAGGACGAGCUGGCAGAGUGUGUCCAGGGAAGUGUUAUCACCUGUAUAACAGUCUGAGGGCCAGUCUGAUGGAGGCCUACCAGCUACCAGAGAUCAUGCGCACACCUCUGGAGGAGCUCUGUCUGCAGAUCAAGAUCCUCAAGCUUGGACCCAUAGCCGAGUUCCUGAGGAAAGCUCUGGAUCCUCCCACAGAGGAAGCCAUAACUCUGGCCAUCACGCACUUAAUGGACCUCAACGCACUGGACCGCUCUGAGGCUCUGACACCGUUAGGCUUCCACCUGGCCAGGCUGCCUGUGGAGCCUCACAUCGGGAAGCUGAUUCUGUUUGGAGCUCUGCUGGGCUGUCUGGACCCUGUCCUCACCAUUGCUGCCUCGCUCAGCUUCAAAGACCCUUUCUUCAUACCUCUGGGUAAGGAGAAGGUUGCAGACAUGAGGAGACGAACUCUGUCCAGGGACUCAAAGAGUGACCACCUUACCAUUGUCAACGCUUUUUGCGGCUGGGAGGAGGCGAAGCUCCGCAGCAACCAGGUCGAGCGAGAGUUCUGUUGGAGCAACUUCCUGUCCGCCAACACACUCCAGAUGCUGCACAACAUGAAAGGUCAGUUCGCUGAGCACCUGCUGGGGGCUGGCUUCAUCAGCAGCAAAAACCCAAAAGAUCCGGAGGCGAAUUUCAACUCAGAGAACGAGAAGCUGAUCAAGGCAGUCAUAGUGGCAGGACUCUACCCCAAAGUGGCCAUGAUUAAACCCAGCGGAAGUAAGAAAAGACCGGUGAGAGUGUACACAAAGACAGAUGGCAAGGUGUGUAUCCACCCUAAGUCAGUGAAUGCUGAGGAGAUCCAGUUCAACUACUCCUGGCUCAUCUACCACCUUAAGAUGAGGACCAGCAGUAUCUUCCUGUAUGACUGCACCGAGGUGUCUCCGUUCUCCCUGCUGUUCUUCGGCGGCGACAUCACCAUUCAGACGGACGAGGAGACCAUCGCUGUGGACGAGUGGAUCGUCUUCCAGUCCCCAGCGCGCAUUGCAAACCUUGUCAAGAGUCUGAAGAAGGAGCUCGACUCGCUAUUGGAAGAGAAGAUCCGUAAUCCCGCUCCUGUUGACUGGAGAGACAGCCAAUCCAAAGACUGUGCUGUCAUCACUGCCAUCAUAGACCUGAUCACCACCCAGGAGAAACCCAACCUUAAUGCAGCCAACACUAGUUGGAGGAACUCUGCCCCCACUGGACAUCAUAGGUAUUUCAACGACGAUGAGCGCUAAGCCCAGGAUACAAACCCUGCACUGUAUAUAUUGCACCUGAAAUAAUUUCCCAAAGAGACGACUUUGUGACCAAUUCAAAACCCAGCCCAGAACUGAUAACUCUUAUUAUCCAACUGAAGAGUUUAGAAUUACAGUUGUCUUUUUUUCACCCUAAAAGAAACAAACUGCAAAGAAUUAAUCUGUUGGUGACUUGCUUUGUAUUAGUGCAUUUGUUACUAAUAUGUUAUAUGAAAUUACAGUUGUAUUGAAUGCUGUCAGAUAUUGCACUUUUAGACAAUAAGUUAACUUAAAAUGUGUUUGAAAUUUUUAUUUGGCCCAUUCUAUGUUAGCCUGACUGGAGAAUGUCUCACUUUCUGUUUUCAGUUUGGUGCUUAAAUAUCUUUCUUCCUCAAGCUAAACCAUUAAAGGUGACCUUACUGUGGCAGCAUGAUAUUAGUCCUUACUUGAGGUCAUAAUGUAUUUAUUUAAAUUUAAGAUAUAAUGGGCUCAAUUCAAUCAAACCGACACUUCAAUGUUUACACAAGCUCUUUUUCCAAUUGUAAAAUAAAAUGUCUGUAUGAAAAGCAACUAAUCUUGGUACUACAUAAAAAAGAUGACUACCA